CUUCCCCGCGCUACGCAAGUCCCACGCCCGGCUUUCCUUGUCCUGCCGCCGGGGCGCGCACUGCGGAUCGCGCAACGGGAGAGAGGGACGUUCUGACGCUGCGGACCCCCCUUUUCAUUUCUUUUUACUUCUAAAAAUACUCGUAUUUUCGCCACACUCCUUCUGUCCCCGCUCCUCUCCGGGGGCUUUGCCAACGACAAGGACAGCAGUGCCCCCCUAGGAAAGCCGGAGCCCUGCGGAUGCGUCUCCCUAGGACCGGUGGAGCUGACUCGGAGUGGAUUUAUUGACUCGCGGUUGCUUCCGAGCUCCCUGAAACAGCCCGGGCUGGUGCCUGCGCGGAUUGCAAACUGCAGGGAGCACUGAGAGGCGCACAGGGGGAGCCUCCUGCCGAGGCCGGGUCCCUCUCCACCAAACCUUUUAUUUUACGUUUAUUUUAGCUGUUUGGUUUUCUUUUUUUUCCUCCUUUUCACGCCAGCAUUAGACGCUGAAUGUGUAUGGCGCACUGGAUCCAAAUGGGAGUUGGCAGUUUGAGUGGCAUCUUCCAAGGCAGCCGGGAGACCCCCAUUAAGAGGAAGGACUGAGCGUUUGCAUUAUUUUUGUUGUUACUUAUGUUGUUACUUCGGAAGUAGCUUGGAUCUUACCUCGUAGAAUUCCCUACAUGCGAGUGGCAUACAUGACUCAGUAGAUCUGCCUGCAGCUCUCACCAAGUGCAUCGACGACCCUUCGCGUGUGGUUUUUAUUUUUCUCACUAGUAGUAGUAGUAUUUCUUCGCGCUCCACACCCCCGGCCGCUGGGAUACCGGUGUGUCCCCCCUGCUAUUGCCGUCAGGUGCGGGGGAGUUGGCGAGGCUGCGGGAGGGACUCGUCGCCGCCGCGACCAUGGCAGCGCGGAGACGAGACGCCUCCGCCUGGAAGUGCUGUUGGGGAGUCGCGAUGGUUUUAUGCAGAACUGCGCUGGCGAGGUCCAUCGUUUUAGACCCCAUUUAUUGGAAUUCCUCCAACCCCAAAUUCCUUCCUGGACAAGGAUUGGUACUAUAUCCACAGAUAGGAGACAAACUGGAUAUUAUAUGCCCAAAGGUGGACUCUAAAACAGUUGGCCAGUAUGAAUAUUAUAAGGUCUACAUGGUUGAUAAAGACCAAGCAGAUAGCUGUGCUAUUAAGAAGGACAAUACACCUCUACUCAACUGUGCCAAGCCAGAUCAAGAUGUUAAGUUUACCAUCAAGUUUCAAGAGUUCAGUCCUAAUCUCUGGGGCCUGGAAUUUCAGAAGAACAAAGAUUAUUACGUCAUAUCAACAUCAAAUGGGUCUUUGGAGGGCCUGGAUAACCAGGAGGGAGGGGUGUGCCAGACAAAAACCAUGAAGAUCCUCAUGAAAGUUGGACAAGAUCCCAACUCGGCAGGGCUGCCCCGGCACACGGAUCCCACCAAGCGCCCUGAGCAGGAAGCUGGCACCAAUGGGAAGAGUUCCACCACCAGCCCUUUUGUGAAGGAUCACUCAGGAUCUAGCACAGAUGGCAGUAAGGCUGGGCACUCCAGUAUACUGGGUUCAGAGGUGGCCUUAUUUGCAGGGAUUGCAUCAGGGUGCAUCAUUUUCAUCGUCAUCAUCAUCACUUUGGUGGUUCUUUUGUUGAAGUACCGGAGAAGACACAGGAAGCAUUCCCCGCAACACACAACAACUCUCUCACUUAGUACAUUAGCCACCCCAAAACGCAGUGGCAACAACAAUGGUUCUGAGCCCAGUGACAUUAUCAUUCCUUUAAGGACUGCAGACAGUGUUUUUUGCCCCCACUAUGAAAAGGUCAGCGGCGACUAUGGACAUCCGGUGUACAUAGUUCAAGAGAUGCCUCCUCAGAGUCCAGCAAACAUUUAUUACAAGGUCUGAGAAACACACAACCAACUCUGUGGUACAGUUGAGUCGUAGAGGAAACUUGCUGGUCAAAUGCUUUCUGUUGGAGUUUGUGGUGACGCCUUGUGCACUAGCAUUGACUCAAGCACAGGGGGGAGAAGGUGACAGCUCUUUCUCCAGGAGCCGACAUGAGCUGGACAGCUUACCUAGUCUGUAGAAUUCCUGUCAGUGAAAAAGUAUUCACUAAAAGCUGGAAGACUUUUAUGUAGAAGAUGCCCAUUCUGAUUGCUGUACUGUUUUUACAUUCAUCAUCCUCAAAGCCAUGUGCUGCAGGCAUUCAGGCAUGUACAAAAGCCAAGGGAAGAUGGAGUGAUCUGUGGAUGUUAAUAGCUCUAGGCAUCCUGCGAAGGUGCUCUAGGAUAUAUCAAGCUUGAAAUGCAAUCUUCUGACUUUUGUGUGUCUCUCUCAGCAUGUACUGGAUUUGUCACACAGACCUUGGUGUCUAAGUAAGACUUGUUAAAGUUCUCUUGCUUUUAGUCUGUCACUGUUCCAUUUGUUUCUGUUACCGGGGCUCUGCCAUCCUUCACAUGAGAUUUCCUUUCACUCCACCUCCUGAAUCACUAAUCGAACAUUAAUGUUUGGAGAUCCACGCUCCAUCCAUCUGCUACAGCAGCCUCACUCGAAUGGGUAAUGCAUUUAUAGAAAUCGUGUUUGAUAGUAAGGAGCCUUCCAGCCAAAAAGUUAGGCUGUCAACAAAGUCAAGAGCAGAACUGGGUGAUGGAUGGAAGGGCUGACUGCAGUUGCAGUUAAUACUGCUGUCUCAGAAAUAGAAGCUGGGAAGAAAAAAAGAAAACAAAACAAAAACACAUUUAGGUAGCACAGCACUUUGGUAUGCUAAGUUUUAAGAGGCAAGUAGGAGACACAGUAACGCACGCAGUGGAUUAGGGCUGCAUUUGAAGGAAUUCAUGGUUAUCUAAUACCAGUGUGCAGAAAAAAAAAUAGUACCUUCAGUACAAUAGAACAAAGGGGUAUUGUUAGUAAGUGAACAAGCUUGGAGAGGACAAGACAAUAGCAGGCCGCUGAGGAUAGAUUAGGGGAGGGCUGUUGUGGUACUGGCAAUAAAGUAUACAGCUUUGAAGCUGUAGCAAAAACGUCUGCUUUGGAUGACUUUUAAGCAGACUCAGCUGCUAUACUGUCACAUUCUGUUAAACACAGGGAAAGCGUUUAAGAAAAUAGCAGAGAGCAAACUGAGCAAGAUGACUGUAAGCCAACAGGUCAAAUGAGCUGUAAUUCUGUCACUGGUAAAGUUGUGGAAAGAAAAAAACCCAAACCAACCAAAAACCAAACCCAAAAUAAAACCCCAACACUUUCUCAUCUCUAAAGUAAGAGAAUUUCUUUCUGACUGAGCCUUUUGACACUUUGGUUUACUAUAGUGCUGUCCCUGCACAGUGAGUUUAGGUACUGUGACUGACACAGCCGUUCAUUGGUGCUCUGUUGAAAGUUAAAGCACAUAUGGCAAACCUCUUGCAGUCCGUAAGAAUAAAAUAAAUUAUGACACUGAGAUGGAGAAGGAAAAUAGAUCUUUAUUUAUAAUAGGUGUAUAGAACACAAGGGAUAUAAAGUGUUUUUCUUUCAUU